GUCAUCGGCAACAGCACACAGAAACAACAGCCCACAACGAACCAAGUGUGAUCUAGCCAGUCCCUGCUUCCUGCUGUGAGUAAUGGCGACCAUGGUGGCCUUGAGCUCCUUCGCUGGUGCCGCCGUCGUCGGCCGCUCCGCCUCCUGGUCUCCGGCGGUGCCGCGCCGGCGCGCCCUCCUCGUCAGGGCCCAGAUCGAGCCGGGUGUCGAGCCGACCAAGGAGGAGACGACGAGCGCAUCGACAUCCUCCCCGAGCCCAACCCCAAGCCCGAGCACGACCCCGGUGGCGCCCAAGCCCAAGGCCAAGGCUAACCCCUCGGUCUGGGACGCGCUCGCGUUCAGCGGCCCGGCGCCGGAGCGCAUCAACGGCCGGCUCGCUAUGGUGGGCUUCGUGGCGGCGCUCUCCGUCGAGGCCGCGCGCGGCGGCGGGCUGCUCGACCAGGCCGGCAGCGGCGCCGGGCUGGGAUGGUUCCUGACAACCGCGGCUGUGUUCUCCGUGGCGUCUCUGGUGCCGCUGCUUCAGGGGCAGAGUGUGGAGAGCAAGUCCAGCGGCGUAUGGACCGCCGACGCCGAGCUGUGGAACGGCCGCUUCGCCAUGCUCGGCCUCGUCGCACUCGCCGUCACCGAGUUCAUCACCGGCACGCCCUUCGUCAACGUCUGAAACUAGCUAGUGUGUACUAGUACUCCUGUACGUGCGUGUACAUAUUGUUGGUCAUGCUGAGGAACUAGUGGUACGGACUCUGGUAGAGUAUUCUGUAACGGAUUCUGUAAGCCUUAUAGGUUGUGUUUCUUGAUGAUGAUAUCUUGGAGCUUCGAAUUA